AUGAGACCCACCGGCCGUCGGCAACCGAAAGAGUCGCCGACUCCUAUGGACUUCCAGCACCGCCCCCGCGACUCCGACGCCAGCAGCCGCCCUUCCUCCGUCGGAAUCGGCGGCCGCCCCACCUUAGACCUCUACAAAGAUCGUUCGUUCCAGCAAUCGGCGGUUUCAAGCAUCAACUCGUUCCUUUCCUCUCACAACUUCCCAAUCUCCUUCAAAUCCACUUUCCCUUCCGCGAAGGACAUCCACGAAACCCUGAAAUUCCUUCUCUCACUCAUCGAAAUGCCAAUGCCCUCGUCCAAGCUCGAAGACGAUCUCCCUCUCCUCCUAAAGCGAUUAGGUUACCCUUUCAAAAUCAACAAAUCGAUCCUUAAAACCCCCGCAGCCCCUCAUCAAUGGCCCACAUUCCUUGCCCUUAUCCACUGGAUGGUCCAGAUUGCAAAGUUCCAUCACCACCUCUCUUCUUCCACCAACACUCUCGUUCACUCCAACGUCCUCCAUCAGUACACACUCAGUAGCUACAUGCAUUAUAUCAGAGGCGACGAUGACGCCAUCGAGGAACUCGACCGCAAGAUCAGGGAGAAGAUCCAACAGGAGAAGGCUCUUGCUGAGGUGAAGCUCAAGGCUGCUAAGGAAACCACUUCGAAUUUGGAGGCGGAACUCGAGAGGCUCAGGUCUGCUCCUUCUCAGAAGGAGGUUCUCGAGAAGGAAAAUGGUUUGCUAGAAGAUGAUGUGAACAAGUUCCAUAUGAUUAUUGAGGAGUUAGGGUCAAGGAUUCAGCAAGGCGAGAAGGUUUUGGUGGAGAAGGAGAAGCAGUUGGAGGUUAAGAUGGAGGAGAAUGCGAGGAUUUGCGAGGAGAAUGAGGAGCUGAAGAGGAGGGUGGAGCUUCAGACUUUCAAUGCGAGGGAUGUGGAGAGGAUGAAGAGGGAGUUGCAGGCUGUGGAGAGAGAUAUUGGGGAAGCUGAGCUUGCUAGGAAUGCUUGGGAGGACAAGUGCUGGGAACUUGACACUAAUCUUGAUCACAAGUUCAAGGACCUUCAGGCACUCGCAAUGGAUUGCAACCAGGCCCUUAAAAGGUUGAAGAUUGGUAAUGGUAUUGAGUAUCAGUUGAAUUCCAAGGGAACUACGCCUGCUGAGAUAAUGGGUAUUGAUCACAAAUUGACACUGAAGCCUGCACUUAACUCUUUUGCUGAUGACAUCAAGAAGAGUUCUAUGGAAAAAUUGGAAGAGUUGAUUUCCCAUCAGCAAAAGUCCAGUGAAAAUGCUGUUAGGCUUGAGGGGAAAAGAAAUCAGCUUGCAGCAGUGCAAUCACGCAUUGAUGAAAUUGAAGCUCAAAGGAACAUGAUAAAGAAGGAAACAGAUGACUACACAAGCAGAUGUUUUGCUGAAGCUGAGAAAAUGUUGGAGGAUGUCCGGCAGGCAGAUCAUGACCUGGACAUUAGGGAAAGAGAGGCAGCUGAGGUUCUAAAGGCCUCGGAAUUGAAGUUGCAGGAAACGAUUAAACAAAGUGAAGAAGAAAUUCAAAUGCAUGCUCACAAACUCCUGAAGGCGGUGGAUUCAAUCUCGAAGUACAAAGUACAUGUAGCGUCCAAAAUUUCAGAGAUGAAGAGGGAUCUAUCGGAAACUGCAACUGCUGUCUCCGAGGCAUACCGGGGUUCUCUCCCAUCUCAAUUUGAUCACUGGGCAGCUAAGUAGAAGAUUGCUAGAACUUGCAGUUCAUCCCGUAGCUUUGUUUGGAAGUCCUCCUUAAUUUUGUGUUGUAUUAUCUUCUAAUGUUUGAAACAUAUAUUUUGUGUUUCUGUAUAUAUUAUAUGAUAAAUGUUUGUGAUAUUUAGGGAUGUUAGAAAUAU